GAGCGCCGGGGGAUGCGGAGCGGCCGGGCCCCGGGCAGAUGAUGGCGAUACGCGAGCUGAAAGUGUGUCUGCUUGGAGAUACUGGGGUUGGGAAAUCAAGCAUCGUUUGUCGAUUUGUCCAGGAUCACUUUGAUCACAAUAUUAGUCCUACUAUUGGAGCAUCCUUCAUGACUAAAACUGUGCCUUGCGGGAAUGAGCUUCAUAAAUUUCUGAUCUGGGACACAGCUGGUCAGGAACGGUUUCAUUCCUUGGCUCCAAUGUACUACCGAGGUUCGGCAGCAGCCGUGAUCGUUUAUGAUAUCACCAAACAGGAUUCGUUUCAUACUUUGAAGAAAUGGGUGAAAGAACUAAAAGAACAUGGUCCUGAGAACAUUGUAAUGGCCAUCGCUGGAAACAAAUGUGAUCUUUCUGAUAUCAGGGAAGUUCCUGUGAAGGAUGCCAAAGAAUAUGCAGAAUCUAUAGGUGCAAUUGUUGUUGAAACCAGUGCAAAGAAUGCUGUUAACAUUGAAGAACUUUUUCAAGGAAUAAGUCGGCAAAUUCCACCCUUAGAUCCUCAUGAAAAUGGUAACAAUGGAGCAAUCAAACUUGGAAAGCAGACUUCACAGACGGGUAGGCGGUGCUGCUGACCCAACUUGAUCUUUUUAGAUUUACUUGAAAAAGAGCACCAUUUGCUUUUUUUCACUGAGAAAGGACUUCAUGAUCUCAGUGAUGUGGCUUUUUAUCUUGAAAGCAGUAAUUUCAAUACUUCCCAUGAGCAAUAAUGCAAGGACCAGAAGCAGAAAGCUUUACUUUAAAGGGAUUUUGCUAAACCUAGUUGGAAAGUCCUCUCUAAUAUCCUGUCAAAAUUACAAUGUCAAAGUACUCUGAUUCUCUGUUUAAACCAAUGACUUUUUUUUUUUUUUGUUUUGUUUUGUUUUGGUUUGUUUUUUUAAUAAAAAGAUCCUUUUAUAUAUAAAGUUUAGAUUUGCUGCAAAACCUUCUCUUCUUACAUUGCAAAGUGGACUUGGCAUGUUUUUAGUGUUUUCUCUGUAAAAACAGGGUGAAAAAAAACCCCUACAACCUGAAUUUUGGCUUAUAGUUUUUCUGCCAUCUUUCUAGCUGGACUGUGCUUCAGUAUUUUUCUAAACCUGUAGCUUCGUCUAGUACUUUUAGUACAUCAGCAAGAAAUGGACUGAAUUUGCUAACUAGAAGAAAAAAAAAUGGAUCCAAAGGACGAAUGAGUGCAGUUUUUACAGGCUAGAAGUCAAAAUCUGUGUCAGGAGGUGCUGUGUAUGUGAAAGAAGGAGUUGUCAUGAAGGAGACUGCUGGGUGCCAUGCAGUGUCAGUCUGCUCUGGAAAGAAGUGAAGAUGCAGCCACUGUGCUUUGCAUGAAUUGGUUCCCUUUCCAGGGCGUAGGCUUCAUUAAUUAUGGAAAUUGUAGAAAGAACGUAAACACCAGCUUAAUCUCCACUACUUACCAGGUUUCUUCCAAAUCUGUGCCCCAGACCAAAGUUGUCUCUGCUCAAAGAUGCCACUUGCUUGGUUUCUAAAAGAGGGUGCCACAAUACCCCAAUCCUCAUGGUCUCACUGCUGUGCUUCAAGAAGUCUUCAAGUUGGAAGCAUUAUAUUUCUGUACAAAAACAGCUAAGAGAGCACAAUAUAAUUUGGGGUUAAAGGCUAGAAUCUAAUAAAACAAACCAGAAUGUUUCUUUGCAAAUGCAAUUCUGUGAAUUUGUGGAGUAGUCUCCUCACUUGUUUGGCAGUGUGGUAUGGAAGACCUGCUGCGUGACACCUUUGAAGCUUGAUGCACUUGCAAAUGCAGCAUAGGAAAAAAAAAAUCCAAUAGGUGGCUAUGAACUAGAAAUAAUGUAAAACUGUAUGCGUUCUCCACUUUCAUCUUUUAUGAAUGUUUGUGACUGAGAUGAUAAAAUCCAAAUUUAUCUUCUUCAUCUUUCAUUGGAAAUCAGAACUAGGGUGAGAAAUGCGGGCUUCAAAACCAGAGCCUCUCCUGCAUUCCACAACAUUAAUUUGUUCUCUUAUGAAGAAAAUUAACCUCACUGCACAUUUGUUGGGGGACUUAUGAAAAGCAAACAAAAGGGAAAAACAACUUUCCACAAUAAAUUAUGAACAGGCAGGCUAGAGCUGGGCUUCUGUGUUUAUACAUAAAGACCAGACCUUAUUGCUUAGUUGUGAGAUUGCUUUGAUAAAAUGGCACUAAUUAUUAGGGCUUGAAACAGAGCCAGAUGAACUCAGUGGGAACGUUUCUUUGUCUUCAGAGGGCUUUAAGUAGUUAUAGAGGGGAACAGUCCCACUGGAUUUUAUUUAAGCAACUAAACUGCAUUGUUUUUUCACAUAAUCCAUUUCUCAGAUAUUUUGGACACUUCUGAAAGCACUCAUACUUGAAAAUAUGCCCUUGGAUAAUAGACAGACUCAGACACCUACUGUGAGAAAGGCUAUUUUGGGUAAACUUUCAGUUGUCACCUGUACUUAUACAUGAUCCAUAUUGCUGCUUCACUGCAGCAACUAUUUUACAGAUAAUCCAGGGUUACGUAAGUGCAAAUUCAGCAGUCGUCAUUGUUGCUAGCUGGGGAGGGAGACAGGCUUCUUUGGGGAACGUUUCAUUCCAUCCAAGCAAGUCUGCCAGGGGCGCCUGGCUCUUUCACCUGGCUGUUAGAGGGAGAGGUUAACCUGGCCUUCAGCGCUAAAGAAAGAUCAAACUCGGCAACAUUACAGAUGCAUAUAAUUUAUGGGAUCUUUGACCCAAUGCUGCAAGAGGUCUGGUUCUUCCUAAAUAAAACUCAGUAAAAGGCGAGACCUGUUACCAAGAAAACAAGGUGAGAUCGAACCCAUUUUUAAAAGGUGUCAUAAAUUUUACUUCAACGUAUGGUAGUUAUGCAUAACUGAUUUUUAAGCUUUUAUAAAUAUUUGUGGCAUAUUUCUUUUUUUUACCAUGACAUCUCAAAACUCAUUAAACCUUACUUGAGAUGUCUGAAAGCAUUAUAAGACAUUUCUGUGAGUACCUUGUAUACUCUAAUUUAUGCUAGAACUGGCCGUUGAUGCUGAUCUGUAUGGGAUAUUGUCCUAAAGAACCAGCUCUUACAGCUACCAUUGAGCUGUAUGUGAAUCAGAACAACUUCAUGAGUUAUAUGUUAAAAUUCCUUUAAAAAUUGAAGUUGUUGCAAUUGUUCUCUGGCAGAUUUUUAAAUUCAAAUGCUGGCUAAGUAGGCUCAAAGAUACUUUUGCAUUUUGUGGGCCAAAUCUAAAUCACCUUAUUCUGCUUUUAGUCAAGAAAAAUACUUACAUGAAUAAGGAUUCUGAUUGUGUACAUUCUUGAGAUUUGGGUUACAGUAAGCUUCAGUAGGGAACUCUGAAGUCACAGGUGAAGAAAUAAUAGGCUGCUGUGCAGAGCAGCUCGCAUUUUUUUUGAAGACAGGGUUUGCCUUUGACAAUGAUGUUGCCUCUCUGCUGUUCAUCAAAGCUGAAGUGCAGCUUUAACCUGCCUCUUGAAAUGGCGGAACGGUUUGUUUUAAAAAUUGUGAUUUUUCAAAUGUAAAAUUAAUUAUUUCUGCUUCCUUUUGUUGCCUGUGUUUCUUGGAAAGUAUCACCACCCUUCAUAAACAGUCAUAAAAAUGAUAUACAGAAAACUCCCAAACUCUGAGUCAAAAGUUCCAGCAGCAAUUGGAAUUCUUCUUAGUUAAUGGCUUGUGAAAAGCUAAAUUCAGGUUACUCCUGGGGAGAUUCCGAUUGGAAACGGGAGGAAAAUGUUUCACAAUGAAAACAGCCUCCCCAGGGAAGUGGUGGAUUCCCCAACACUGGACACUUUUAAAACUCAGCUGGACAGGGUGCUGGGCCAUCUUGUCUAGACCGUCCUUUUGCCAAGAAGGGUUGGACCAGACGGAUCCUUAAGGGCCCUUCCGACCUGGUAUUCUAUGAUUCUACAAAUUACUGUACAGGAGCACCUGACUCUGUAGCUGAUCUGCUCUAAUACUAAUAACUGCAGUUCCAGACUGGCCAGCUGGUGCUGGAUUUGUCCGAGAUUGGUUUUCUCAAGAGAGCUGGCAGCAGGACUGAGGCACAGGCUGCAGUGCCAAGGAUGUUUGGUGGAGCUUGUUUGCUCUGUGACUCAAGACUGUGACUGUCCAGUUGUGGGUGACUUGCUUUUCUGGCUUGUCAUGAAGUAGUUUAAAAACAAGAUUAUGAAGGAACUAGUUUUCAUAUAUGCUCUGUAUAUGUGUGUGUAUAUAAGUACAGUUUUAUAUUGUUAUGCUGACAUGUAGUGUUUUUUCACUAUGUCUCAUUCUCAUAUACUGCACAUUGUAUUCUGUAAGUACAUUUUUUUGUUAAUCAUCAUUUGACCUUUAUGAACUGAAAGUUAGGGAUCAAAGGUAGCAAGAAGAUGGAGGUACACAUAGGUACAGUUGUUGACUUGCCAUUCUUAUGCAUGAAAAUGGCAUAUUAUAGAAAAAGUUUGUCUUACAGACUGAGAAAUCUAAAAGGCCAUCUUUAUCCAAGAUUUGGGACUCAGAAGUAAUAACAUGACACUUAAAAAAAAAAAAAAAAGAAAAUAAAAAAAAAUAUUAUUUUGUUCAUGGUACAGCAGGUCUAUCUAAACUGCUACAGUGUAACAUGGGUCUGUAUCAAUACCUAGAGAAGUUACCUGUCAUCCCUUGUCUUUACUAAACCUUCAUGGCACAUGGUAAUAAGCGUGACUAGAUAUAUUAUACAUGUGAGCACUCUGACUAUAAGCAGACCUUUUCAGUAAAAUGAUGAUGUAUUUUACUAUCCUACCCUUAAUUAUUUAAACCAGAGUCAGUGAUAAACUGUAAGUUUAAAAUCACCUGCAAAGUACUCUUCCUCUGUUUUGUUUAUAUAAGGGCUUUGACUGGGCUGGACCCACUUGCUUCAUGUAUGGGAUGCUGCAAUCUGUUAAUACUUUACCUUCUGUUUUACCCAUUAAUUGUAUCAUAUCUAAUAAUAUUUUUUGCCCUAAAAUGUAGUUUUUCUGUUUUAUUUAACCUACAAUGAUUAAUGCUAAUAAAUGUUUUUAAA